GUUGGUCGGCUUAGUUAACAGGCCUUAGUUAAACUCUGCAUCAUCUUCGCGCUACAGAAGACCCAUAUAUUCAGAAAAUAUGUCUGAAAUCGAGUAUUAUGACCUUAUAUUUGAGAUAAGUACGAAAAUUGACGUAAACCAAUUAGAAAGAUUGAUUUUUAUGUGCACAAAGAAGAUCUCAGAAGGCAGUGAAGGAACUAUAAAAAGUGCACGCGGAUUAUUUAAAGAACUUGAGAAACAAGGUUACCUCGGAAUCGACCGGUUAGAAAAUUUAAAAGAGAUUUUGAAACAGUUGAAGAAGCGAUCCAUGCUCAAGAAGGUGGAAGAGUUUGAGAUCAAGAGAAGAGCUCAGUCAGUUGGCAUCAUUGCUUCAUUUAAGCAGGCUGCUGUCAAUUUGAAAGGAGCGAUCAAGAUGGUUUGUAAUUUUCGCACAAUUGGUGGUGCUCUCCUGGUAGUUAGUAGUGGCAUGGCUCUCCGUAGCUGCUCAACUCUUGAUGAGUUUGUGGAGACCUUCAACAAAGUUGUACUGGUUGCAUACACCAAUCUGGUUGAGAUCAGUGAGGGAUCUCUGUGCUUUACAAUACAAGCAGAGACGCCAGCGGCUCUAAAGGAAUUAUGGAACACCUACAAAGAUGGAACAUUACAGAGACGUCUUCAAAAAUUUCUAGUUACCGAUGACAUCAAACAGUUGACAGAUGCAAAAGACAUUGAGCUGGCUGUUUUCAUCGAUGAGCAAGAGUAUGUGAUGUCAUUUAAUUUUCUGCAAAAUGAAGUUAUGACCAAUUCUUACGUUUACAUAGAACCUGCCCUCCCCCCUCGAACAAUGUUGGUGAAAUUAAACAGUCUCCACGUCUUGGUCAAGUUUACAGAGUACAAUUCAACAUUCUUUGGGGGAGAGGGGGAAGGAUUUGAUUUUAGUAAUUUUGCGUUAAGUGUCUUAAGACUUUUAACCUCCUCUGUGGGUCAAACAGUGAGAAACAUGUUUCGUCAAGCAGUGCCUGAUUUGAAAGUAGAGCGGUUUCGAAGGAAAUCUGACUCCUUCUUUCACAUCAAUUCAAAUCAGAGAGAGAUUGCAAUGAUGAAGCUGACACAAGCAAAAAACCAGUUGAGCUUUGAAAGACAAGUUCAUGGAGAGGAAAUAAAGAAACUAAAGGAGAAGACUAUCCUGGCAAGAGAGCCGAGGGCGCCAAAUAUCAAACAGGAAGAACUGCCUGGACGAAGAACUCGAAGGCAUUCGGAGUCUUUUCUUUAUUACAAACGAAAUGAGGUCGAGGUAGCUUCGAUGAGGCAAUUGGAGCAAGCAGAAGAAUGGAGGAAAGAGAAACAGAUUUUUGAAUUAAAGAUCGCAGAGCUUGAAGAAAAUCUGAAAGCAGAAAGGAUGAGCAAUAUGGACCGUAAGCAUUCAGAAGCUACGACUCUCGGGAGACCAUGGAAGAGGCGACGCAGAAAUUCUGAUUCUAACUUGUACCACAUGGCAAGAAAAGAGGGGGUUGAACAAACUGGAAAACAACCAGAGCGAACUUUAGAAGGAGGAGCACAAAUGGAUUUAGAGAGGCGUAUGUUCGUGCAUAAUUAUUUGCAGAAUAGGAGACUUAAAUUUAGCGUUCGUUUUAAAAUUUAUCCCCAGAUAAAUUUUCGUUAUUUGCUGUAUUUUUCAUCCUCUUCCGUGGUGACAUUGAACCGUACUCCCCAGCCGUGUUAUCAAUAUUUGACUCAGUAAAUUAAAGGAGAGGUUAGUCACCUCAUUUCCCAUAAAAGUGAAAUUGAUUAUCUGUCCUUUGUUAUCGAAGCGAAGAAUAGGGCUGCACGAAAACCUUGUUGACGUGUCUGCUUCUUCUGGAGGUGAUAAUUUUCUAACCUCGAGGCUGGAUUGUGGCAAACAGUGGACCUGAUAUCAAUGAUGAGAGAAUUGGAGGUCUUUAGCAGAAAAGAAUAUGGAAAGAAGCCACGUUCAUAUGUACAACAGAGGAGAAUUUGUCGUGUCUUAUAAGGUUCAUAAGGCAUGAAGAGCCGACUAAUUAGUAAUUUUGCGGCGGAAAGUGAGGUAAACCAUCAAGGCUAACCGAGUUAGAUUAUACUCAGUUUCAGCUGAAUUAUACAAAAUACAGAGGCCACUUUUCAGACAUGUACUUUUUAUAAUCAAUUGGACUAUUUUAUUCAGGAAAUAGACGAUUGUCUGAGACCCAAGUGACCCAAACUCAGAUUUAAAGCGGCUUCGUUUUAGUUUGAUCGGAUUUUUAGUUCGAUCCUCACUAAUUAUGACGGUAUUUUGUCGAACAGGCAGCUAUGCUAAAUACUAAGAAACAAAAAACGUUGGGUCUAUGAAUUGUAACUUCUUCGGUUACAUUCAUUAAAUCUGUAAAGGUGUUGAGGUGUUUACUGAUUUAAGUAGUCAGGCUUUGGUGACUUCGAUGCUGGUUCAAAGUGUAGAAAGAGCCCACUUUUUAAGCCGUAAGUAUGAACCAGGAGGGUGAUGGGGGUAUUUUAUCUUUUUCGUGGAAAAGAGGUUGUAGCUUGGUUGUCUGGAACAAACGAACGAACAAACGAAAGAACACACGAACGAGCGAACAACCGAACGAACGAACGCACGAACGAACGAACAAGCGAACGAACGAACACACGCACGAACGAGCAACCGAACGAACGAACACACGAACGAAGAAUGAAAGAACAAAUGUACUAAGGAAAAAAAAAGAAACGAACGAGCGAACCAAUGAACAAGCGAAAGAACGAAUGAACGAGCCAACCAAUGAGCAAAUGUACGAACGAACGAAUAAAUGGAAGAAUGAAAAAAUGAACGACAGA